CAGGAAGCUACUCUAACUGUAGAGAGUGAUUUGGAAAUAAAAGAAACCCCAAAACUUGCAGUGAGUCAGCCUGUUGAGAAUCCACCUUCUGUAGACAAAAAAGAGGAUGAACAAGUUACAGAGGAUGUCUCUAUUAGUGGGAACUUGCACAGAAUUACUACUGAUUUCUAUGCUGAAUUACAGAACGCUACAGAUCUGGGCUAUACAAAUGGAAAUCAGGUUCAUGGUUCUAACCAGAAGGAAUCUGUCUUUAUGCGUCUCAAUAAUCGCAUUAAAGCUCUUGAAGUUAACAUGUCUCUAAGCAGCCGCUAUCUGGAAGAGCUUAGUCAGAGGUACCGGAAACAAAUGGAAGAAAUGCAGAGAGCUUUUAACAAGACUAUACUAAAGCUUCAGAAUACUUCAAGAAUAGCAGAAGAACAGGAUCAAAGGCAGACUGAGUCUAUACAACUUCUGCAAGCUCAGCUCCUCAACGUGACCCUAUUAGUCUCUAAUCUGUCUGUUACAGUCUCUGAACUAAGACAGGAGGUG